AUGUCUUUGCCUAGAGGUAGUUACCAGAGCCCGUGGUCGUCGCAGACGGCUCUUUCAGAGUUAGAAGGAGCAAUGGGAGAGUUCGAGCCUGUAGGAGAAUUGACCGAGGUUGGCUUCGAACCACAGACCCGUGCUCGAUCGAACACGUGGCCACAACCUAGACCGGAAAACUAUGUCGACCCUGAAGACCCUGGCUCGAAGAAAAAUUCCAAUCAGAAUCUAUCUGGUGCUCCACCUUUGCCUACUUCAGCAACCACGAAAAAAAACUCAUCCCGGCGUAACGCCUGGGGCAAUCUUUCCUACGCUGAUCUUAUUACUCAAGCUAUAACCUCCUCGCAAGAAAAGAGACUAACUCUGUCACAGAUUUAUGAAUGGAUGGUUCAGAACGUGCCAUACUUUAAGGACAAAGGAGACAGCAAUUCGUCUGCUGGAUGGAAGAACUCGAUUCGGCACAACCUCUCUCUCCACAACCGGUUUAUGCGGGUACAAAACGAGGGUACAGGCAAGUCGUCGUGGUGGAUGAUCAACCCGGAUGCGAAACCUGGCAAAUCGGUGCGUAGGCGAGCGCUCUCAAUGGAGACAUCCAAGACAGAAAAGAGAAGAGGCAGAGUUAAAAAGAAGCCGGACGCAUUAAGAAACGGAGUCACAGCUGACGCCACACCGAGUCCAAGUAGUUCAAUAUCAGAAAGUCUCGAUAUUUUCCCAGAUUCUCCAAUACACAGCAGCAGUUUUCAGCUGUCGCCGGACUUUCGUCAGAGGGCUUCUUCAAAUGCGUCAUCGUGCAGCCGGCUAUCACCGAUCCCUUCCUUAAUACCCACGGAGCCAGAGUGGGCGACGGAUUAUACUCCCUCAGGGGACUUUGCUUCGACCAGUGAUUUCUCCCCAGCUGAUUACACUCAAGACCAAGAUCUAGCGGGAUCGCUCGCGGACUCCAUGAAGCUUCACGGGGCAGAUCCAUUUCUAAAUACGUAUGUGCCAACGACAUCGUCGUCGUCGUCAGGUGGGAGCUAUCGCUUCGCAUACGGCGCAUGCCCUCGGCAUCCUCACGGGGGUUGCGCGUGCACACCCCUGUACCCCGCGCACCCCGCACACCCCACACAUUCUCAUCAACACCCGCUCGACCACUUUGUAAGACCUCCCCCACCUGCUGAUCCAGCUGAUAUUAUGCAAACAGAAAAUAGCCAAACACAAAUGGUGGCAACAUCAGACGCAACGUUAAUGAACGGGGGUAUAAUGGUACAGACGGGCCCAAUGGGCCCCACAACGGUGAUGGGGCAGAUCAUGGGUGCACUCAAUACGGGACUCUCCGAAGAUUUGAAUAUUGAAGCAUUAGAACACAGUUUCGAUUGCAAUGUGGACGAGGUCAUAAGACACGAGUUAAGCAUGGACGGCACACUGGACUUCAACUUUCCACAACAAAAUACUGCAAUGGCAGCAGAAGCUGAAAGUCAGUUUAGGGCCCCAUCGGCCCCAGUCCCCACAACGCUUUCAGGCGGGGGGACCUCGCAUACCCCAUAUACUGUUGCCCCCUCUUGGGUUCAU